AUGUUGGAGCAUGUGUCGGAUCACGCCGCUAUGCAGUCAAAGGAGGGCUACUAUCCGCGUCAACCCCGCCCGGAAGAGAUGGAUGUCGAAGACCAGCUUGCCUGGCAGAGGACCCAGAAGCCGGUCGAUAAAAAGGCCCGGCGCAUGCUCUACGUCUUUAUCGCCAUAGGUUUGGCGGGUUGGGUUGCUGCAUUGUUCCUGUUUUUGGCCCAACGCCCUCAUAUCCCACAUGCCGAACGGCCGCACGACCCUCACGCGACCAAAACAGCCGGAUUCGGUCAAAAGAUCACCCUCGACCAAGUGCUUACCGGUAAAUGGUUUGCACAAAGGCACGCUAUCGAAUGGAUUGCAGGACCCAACGGCGAAGAUGGCCUGCUGCUCGAGCAAGGCGGCGCGGAGGGCCGCGACUAUCUUGUUGUCGAGGACGUGCGAUAUCGCGGUAAUGAUAUCGCUACCCAAAUCGCACACAGCACUACUUUGAUGAAGGACGCCUCUUUCAUGGUCGGCGAGGAGCAGGUUGACGCAUGGGAGACAACACCCAGCGCUGAUCACAAAAAGGUCCUCGUAAAGAAUGACGUUGAAAAGAAUUGGCGCCACAGUUCGACAAGCAGAUAUUGGAUUUUCGACGUGGAAACACAGACUGGUGAGCCUCUGGAUCCGGAUAAUGUUCAGGGACGAGUACAAGCCGCAUCCUGGAGCCCAAAGAGCGAUGCCGUGGUCUUCACAAGGGACAACAAUAUGUUCAUCCGCCACUUGAACUCCAAGACCGUUAAGCGUAUCACCACCGACGGAGGCGCAGAUCUCUUCUACGGAAUUCCUGACUGGGUGUAUGAAGAGGAAGUGCUUGCAGCGGGAGAGGCUACAUGGUGGAGCGGAGACGGAAAGUUCGUCGCAUACUUCCGGACCGAUGAGAGCAGCGUUCCGUCGUUCCCAGUUCAGUACUUCUUCAGCCGACCCAGCGGUCAGCUACCAGCACCUGGCGAAGAGAACUAUCCUGAAGUCCGCCAGAUCAAGUACCCCAAAGCAGGAGCGCCAAUGUCCACAGUGGGCUUGGAGUUCUACGAUGUAGACAUGGGCGAAGUGUUCACAGUCCCGAUUGAUGACGACUUUGCCGAUGACGACCGAUUGAUCACGGAGGUCCUGUGGGCGGGUGAGACGGGCAAAGUCAUCAUUCGCUCUACAAACCGAGAGUCGGAUACUCUGAAGAUCAUUCUCAUCGACGCCGUGCGACGUACAGGACGAACUAAGUUGGACGGCGGCUGGUUCGAGGUCUCACACACGACUACCUUUAUUCCUGCGGAUCCCAAAGCUGGUCGUCUCCAGGACGGCUAUGUUGACACUGUCAUUCACAACAACUAUGAUCACCUUGCCUACUUCACUCCUCUGGAUAACCCAGAACCUAAGAUGCUCACAUCUGGAGAGUGGGAGGUUGUCGCAGCGCCAUCCAAAAUUGACCUCGAGCAGAAUUUGGUGUACUUCAUAGGUACUAAAGACGGAAGCACACAACGACAUCUAUAUUCGGUUGAUCUUCUCUCCACCUCCAACAAGAUCGAGGCGGUGACCAAGAACACCGACAUUGCCUAUUACGGCGCUUCCUUCUCGGUCAAAGGCAAAUUUAUGCUUCUUUCAUACCAAGGCCCAGGGAUCCCGUGGCAAAAAGUGCAGUCUACGCCUUCGAAUCAUGAGAGCAAGCUAGACAUUUUCAUCGAACAGAAUGAGGCCUUGAACGAGCUCGCGAAGAAGACGGAGCUCCCUAUUGAGAUCUACCAAACUGUUAAUGUUGACGGGUUCGACCUCAACCUAGUGGAAAGGCGUCCUCCUCACUUUGAUGAGAGUGGCAAGCGAAAGUACCCCGUCCUAUUCUUCUUAUACAAUGGUCCUGGAUUCCAGAGCGUGGACAGGAGAUUUCAAGUCGAUUUCCAGUCGUAUGUCGCAAGCAGCCUUGGCUACAUCGUCGUGACAUUGGAUGGUCUCGGCACUGGCUUCAAGGGAAGAAAGCAACGCUGCAUUGUCCGAGGAAACCUCGGAUACUGGGAAGCACACUCCCAAAUCGAGGCGGCCAAAAUCUGGGCAGCUAAGAAAUAUGUCGACGCCGAGCGGAUGGCCAUCUGGGGCUGGAGCUACGGCGGGUUCGCGACCCUCAAGACCCUCGAGACUGACGCCGGUCAGACUUUCAAAUACGGCAUGGCCGUGGCACCUGUGACGGACUGGCGCUUCUAUGACUCCAUCUACACCGAACGCUACAUGCACACGCCUCAGCACAACCCCCAAGGCUACGAGAACGCGACCAUCACCAACAUGGAUCAGCUCUCGAAAAACGUGCGGUUCUUGGUUAUGCACGGCGUCAGCGAUGACAAUGUGCACUUCCAGAACACGCUGCAGCUGCUUGAUCGGCUUGAUCAGGCCAACGUGCGCAACUACGACGUCCACGUCUUCCCGGAUAGCGACCACAGUAUUUAUUUCCACAACGCCAACCGCGUCGUGUACGAGAAAUUACGAGAUUGGUUGGUCAACGCUUUCAAUGGCGAAUGGCUUCGCACCGAUGAUCCACAGCCAGUGCCCUACCACGUCGUGCCGGUCUGA